CGCAAAUGUGACGACUACAGCGCCUCUUGCAACGGGUAAUGGAGGAUCAAAUUCUAGUACUGUGAGUGUGACGGGAUCGGCAAACGCGACAGAUUCUUCUAGAAGUAACUUGUCAUCUCUUUCGCUCUCAGCAUCCGUUUUCGUCCAGAUGGAAGAAGCGUUAGCUCAAGAUGCUGAAGAAAGCAGUACUAGAAGUACUCUAGUAGAAAUGGAACAGAUACUGAGGAAUGAGAAAGCAAACACCCAAAAAAUGGAGUUUGUUCUUCACAGCGCGAUUACCUCCAAGUCAGAAGAUCUGGAUGAAGCCAAGUCAUCUGCGGAACAGCUCCAAGAAGCAGCCCGUCAGGGCAAAUUCGCAGACGCUUUGCGCGCCUCGCUCUGUUCAUCUCCCUCUCUUGGUGUGUGUAGCAAUUCCACCGACCUGUCUGCGCGACAGAUGAGCGUUGAUUAAGGUGCUCCCUAAAAAUCCAUCUUCCGAAGCAUCUCGAUGAAGCUGCCCCAGAGGCAGAAACAGAUCCUAGAAAGAUGAAUUCGAAGAUGGAUUAGGGUCGCGGGCCCUAAGUUGGUGAUUAUAUUACGACGGAAACUACAACGAGGACGAUGAUCGUGGCAGCGAAUAGCUCAAGGAUGGCUGACGAUUUUAAUGGAACUCUAGCAGGCUCAAUUGACGAGGAAGAAGAGGUGGAAGCGGCAUCGGUGUUGUCGGUGAGUCCUGUUAUGGCCUCUAAGUCGCUAAUUGGUACACGAGAUGACCUUGAUGCACGCACUAAAGAUAAUGGAGGAGUGGUCAUAAUAUCUGGGCUACACCUCAUAAUCAAUAUUUACAGCGUUGAUAUUGAUUAUCCCCCCGUGCUACUUGGCUCUCAUCUACUAGUUCAAAAGCAAACACACCCACACGCGUUGUCGUGAAUAGUUCAAAAUAAAAAUAUAUGAAUCCGAAGACCUCGUCCUCUAAGGAUGCCAUCGCAUUCGCCAGUGGUUGUCUCGCGGGGCUGAUAGCCGGUGUUAUCAUCCUAGGACCAUGUUGAUACGAGACCACGGAGGAGUAAGAGGAUACAACGAAGAGAGGCGGGUUGUUAGUAAUUGGGUGGUUGAUCGAAGUCGGACUCAGAAACACAAUCCAUCAGCUUCCAGAUGCUGUUUUCGAUUUCGAGGUACGCUACGUAUCAAAUUAACAUCGAGGGCUUCAAAAGACUAUGAUUUUGAUCCGCGCCAUUGUCUUUCUCCGGAAGGAACUGAUAUCUAAGCCUAGGUCUUCUACUAUCUAAGUAUGUGAAUAAAUAUGUACAACCAUGAGAGAGUAUCUAUUUUUAUAUCGAAUAUGUUCUUGACUGAUUCGUAAGUGAUGUAACUAAGCAAAUUCUAUCUUCUGAAAUACGAAAGUACUAUAACAAACAGUAUCUGACAGUAUGUUCGUAAGUGAUGUAACUGAACAAAUUCUAUCUGAAAUACAAUAGUACUAUAACAAACAGUAUCUAACAAGCAGUUGUAUGUGUGAUUUAUUUAAAAAAAUUUAUCAGGACGUUCUUUUAGAUUAAUAAAUCCAUCGCACAAAAACUUCCAAUACACUCAUGGAUACUUGUAACGAAGUACUAUUUACAAAAGAGCGAAAAACAGUUGUCUCUGUUUGAGCGAAACAAAAUUCUCUGUUGAAUGGUGAGAAAAGUCGUUGCAACCAUAUACGACCCAAGAUAGCAGUAACCACACUCAUCAUCACAAGUCUUGCUAAUUGAAAGUUUGUUUGUAAGUGUGGCUGUUU